AGAAACAUUGACAUACAAAAUGGUUUGGUUAAUGGAGCUUUUGGAAAACUACUUAGAGUAGUUUACUCUGAAAAUGACCAACACAUCAUCAAGCUUGGACUUAAAAUGGAUAAUGAGACAUCUGGAAAGAAUUACCGCACACCAGCAGACGACAUGGUGUACAUUGAGAGAGCAGAGGAGAAUCUAAAGCAGAAAGGAGUGGUACGCAGACAGUUCCCAGUGAAGCUGGCCUUUGCAUGUACAAUUCAUAAGGUACAGGGUAUGACAACCACAUCAGCUGUUGUCUCUCUUAAGAGCAUUUUUGAGCCCGGCAUGGCCUACGUAGCUGUCAGUAGAGUGACGUCUCUCAGUGGACUGUAUCUUCUUGAUAUGGAGGAGAAAAAAAUAUUCACCAACCCAGAAAUCACUGCAGCGCUUGAGAAUAUGAGACAAGCCAACCUUGAUGACAUGAUGCCUCUUCUACAUGUGAGACAAACACUGAGCAGGUCAGAGGUUUUAACCAUUGUUCAUCAUAAUACAGAGGGACUGCCAGCUCACAUUAAUGACAUCAAGAGUCACCAUGAAUUGUGUCUAGCAGAUGUUUUGUGCCUAACAGAAACACACCUGCGGGGCUCUUUUGUCGCAGAGAGUCUCCACUUGGAAAAUUACAAUUUGUUCAAACGCAACAGACACCUGUCCUACACAAACUUUCCCCAAAUGGCAAACAGAAGUGGUGGUGGAGUUGCUGUUUAUGUGAAAAGUGACAUUCAAGUGCAUGAAAAACAGUACAUCCAUAAUGUAACUGACCUUGAAUUUCUGGCUUUAAAGGUUGAAGCACCAGUCAGUGCACUGAUUGCAGUUGUAUACAGACCUCCAGACUACACUCUGAGGCCAUUCCUGAAAAACCUGUGCAAACAAACCAAUCCUGGAGCUGUUUGAGUCUAGGGGAUACGCACAGGUCAUCACUGCCCCUACCACAGAGAAGAACACACUGCUUGACCUCAUUUUCAUUUCUCAGCCAGAGCGACAUCUCCAUUCUGGAGUCAUGAAGACCUACCAUAGUUACCAUGACCCUGUAUACUGUGUAUUGUCCUGUGAUGAUUCAUGAUCUAGAUCUUUGAAUACAGUAAGUAAUUUUUAUAUUUCUGAAUGACUUAAGAAAG